UUCGGGGGCGGCGCCUUUCCGGCCCAGCAUGGCGGAGGGUGCCGGUGCGGGGCCGCGGCUGGCGGAGCUGCUGGCGGCGGGCCGGCGGCUCUGGGAGGAGGUGGAGACCGGCGCCGAGCCGUCCUCGGGGGCCCCAGCCGUGCAGGAUAAGGUGCGACAGGGGCUGGACGCGCUGCAGCAGGCGGCAGCCAUGGUGGCGCAGCUGGAUCUGUUCAGCGAAAACGAGGAGCUGGAGGAGAUCGCCUCGGCCGACCUGAAGUACCUGCUGCUGCCCGCCUUGCUGGGGGCCCUGACACUGAAGCAGGUCGACCUGAGCAGGAGGCUGGAGCACCUGGAAAGCGCUCGGGCUCACUUCUGGCGCUUCCUCAAGCUCUGCAGGAGCUACGGUCUGGGCAGCUUCCACCUGCCCCCCGCCAGCCCCCCGGGAGAGGAAGAUGCCGAGGGCCUGUCCCCGGGGGGCCCUGCUGCCGCCCAGCCCAGCCUGGUGGCCAUGGCGUCGAGUAGACAAGCCAAAAUCGAAAGAUACAAGCAGAAGAAGGAACUGGAGAACAGGUUGGCCUCUAUGAAAACCUUUGUGGAGAGCGGGCAAGCAGAUGAGGAUCAGAUACGGGAAUUUUACAUACUACAAAUCCAGAAAUGGAUCAACACUGGCCUUGAGGAAAUUGAGAGUAUUGACCAAGAAAUGGUCAUCCUGAGGAGCAGAGGUACAGCGAAACAGCCUUCAGCACCACCACACAGCACUUCUCGGCAAGUCAGGGCUCCGUUGAAACCUUUCAUUCUUACCCGGGACGCUGCUCAGGCUAAAGUGUUUGGAGCUGGAUAUCCUGGCCUGCCUACUAUGACUGUGGAUGACUGGUACGAGCAGCGCAGAAGGCAAGGAGUUGUGUCUGCUCAAGGCGCGCCUCAGAGGACACUGGCAGGCGUAACUGAUGAAGAGUUGCAGAAGCAGCAGCAGGAGAAAAAAGAGGAGGAGGAUGAUGAGGAAGCUCUUCAAAAAGCUCGGAACUGGGAUGACUGGAAAGAUACACACCCAAGAGGCUACGGCAACCGGCAGAACGUGGGCUGAUGCUCUCGCUGCAGAGGGAGCGGGGCCUGGAAAUCCUGUAAGAAUUGCCUGUGUCCUGGAGCUGUAGGAGUAAAUACACUGUACAUACGGGGAGGUAUCCGUGGCUUCUCUGGGAGGCACCGGACUCCGAGGAGUAAACGUGACAGUUUGCUUUGGUUUACAUUAACUGUCAGGCUGAGCGCACCGGUCACGUAUGGUGAUAGCACAGAGCUCCUGUCGGGUGGAGCUCUUUCUGAGGGGUCAGACUGCCUCUGUUCUCCCAGAGGAAGUCCUUGAAAGAAAAGUACAUGAAUUUGGAAACUGCUCUUUGUAUUGUGGGUGGAUGUAUUUAUUUUUUUCCUCUAUAUUUUAAGCAAAAUAAAAUCUCUUGUGCUGCCUA